AUGGCUUUAUUAGUGUAUGUCAAUGACAUUCUUAUUGCUAGCAAUGAUAUGACUUUUGUUAAUACUUUCAAGAAUUUCCUUGAUCAAAAGUUUAAACUUAAAGAUCUUGGACCUUUGAAGUCUUUUUUGGGCCUCGAAGUAGCAAGGAAUACAUCUGGAAUUUCUUUGUCCCAGAGAAAAUAUGCUUUAGACAUAUUAUCAGAUAUUGGUUUCCUUGGUUCUAAACAAGUUAAAAAACCUAUGGAACAACAUCUAAAGCUGUCCAGAUCUGAUGGUGAUCUGCUUGAAGAUCCCAAACUUUAUAGAAGAUUGGUUGGCAGGUUACUCUACCUCACCAUUACCAGACUAGAUCUUACUUUUGCAGUUCACACAUUAAGUCAGUUUAUGGAUUCUCCUCGGCUACCUCAUUUACAAGCUGCUCAUAGAGUCAUUCAAUACAUCAAAGACUCACCUGGUCAGGGCCUAUUUUUUCCUUCCAAUUCAAACUUAAAACUCAAUGGUUUUGCUGAAUUUGAUUGGGCAAGGUGUCAAGACACCAGAAGAUCUAUCACAGGUUUUUGCAUAUUCCUUGGCAGCACUCUUAUCUCUUGGAAAUCAAAGAAACAAUCCAUGGUUUCAAGAUCAUAA